AUGGACCAAAUGGAGACCGAUUACGACAAAACGCAGCAAGAACGGUUACCUACUUUGUAUGAGGUGCUGAUACAGACGACGUAUCCUCCGGUUGAUUCGUGGGAAUUUUACACGUAUCUCUCGCAGUUCCCAUACGCGAUUGACUAUCUAGACUUUUGGAUUGACUUGAUGGCACACGUUCGGCUGUGCAAGGACUAUGUGAAGUGCGUAAGGGACUCCGUCGAGUCGAACGAUUUAUUUGCCGAGAGGCCCCGGGACGACGACAACGAGUCUGCUACGUCGUCACUACUGCUCGAUGCGCUCCUGAACGAGGGCUACCUGGACUUCCAGAACACCAAACGGGUCGCCAAGUUUCUACAGGGCGACACGAGCGAUUCCUCGAGGCUCUCGCAGCUAGUGAGAGAGUGGAAGAGACAGUCCGGGCUGCAGGACGAGUCUAAAUACCACCUGUCGGCGAUGGUGGACGAGAUGCUGCGGAAGGAGACAAGAAGGAUGAACCAGCCGCGGAUCAGCCGCAAGCAACUGGUCAACAACGCGCAGCUCAUCUGCAACACGUAUCUGCUGGGCGCCGGCGGCAGCAACAAGUACCUGAUCAACGUCCCUGAACACAUCAAACAGCGAAUCCUGCAACAGGUGCAACAGGACGAAAGACACGACCCCGAAGUGUUCGACCAGCUGAAAACCAUCGCUUACCAGUUCCUCGAGAUGGACUGCUUCCCGAAAUUCCUCAGCACCGUCGCCCUGCACAACAUCCACGACCAGGUCUCCAACUGGCGACACCACCCGUCCGCGCUCCGCAAGCGGCGCAGCCGCUCCCCCUUCUCGAACCACACAGUGCUCAGCAGAGUGGUCGCGGGCCUUCUGUGGCUCGUCCUCGGCUUCUGGAUCGGCUACACCCUCAUCUUCCUCCACUACAGCAGGGCCAUCCGCGUCGUCACCCUCGUGCCCUUCGCGCUCGGCUGCUACUCCAUAGUCUGCGGCCUCUACCAAGUCGACAUACUCUACUCCUGCUGCGGCCUCACCCAACUGCUCAUGUACCAAGAUUCCACCGACUCCCUCGCCAAGAACGGUCCCUACUACAGACAGGUGCCCAAGAUCUUCAAGCUCCUAGGUGGCAACUCAAGACUCAUAGCCAUCCAGCAUCCAUUCAUCAAGAGAUUACUCUGGAGGAGAGGCCUCUGGUGUGCUCUACUCGUCGCUCUUUCCACCGCCAUUUUCACUGUCAUCUUCGCCUGCGUACCCAGCUACAGACUAUGA